CCGCACCUUCAAUUGACUUAUUCAAAAGAAGACCAUACUAGAAAAAGAAUAACAUAGGCCGUAGACAUUCUGUCUUCACUACACAAAUCUGAAAUCUGAAUCUGAAAAUUGGUGACCUUCACGAUUACGAAAUAUUCUGAGUGCGGUUUAUAGACCUUUCUACGAAACUUUGUUAACAGAUUAUCUGGUGACAAGAAGCGAGUUAUGGAUCAGAACGCCUUGUGGAGUAUAUUCAGAAGAAUUGACAAAAAUGGAAGUGGAAAUAUAACUGCUGACGAAUUGCAAUCUUGUCUAUCGAACGGUUUGGGAACGAUGUUCAACAUAAGAACAGUACAGUUAAUGAUUACAAUGUUUGAUUGUGAUAUGAAUGGAACAAUUAGUUUCGAUGAAUUUGGUAAACUUUUUAAGUAUGUAAAUGAUUGGCAAAAUUGUUUCCGACAAUUUGAUCGAGAUAACUCCGGUUCAAUUGACCGUCAAGAACUCAGUACUGCUUUGAUGAGGUUUGGUUAUAGUCUAUCGCCACAAUUUAUAAAUUUUAUGGUUCGUCGAUUUGGUCAUAAUCGUCGAGAAUCUAUUUCAUUUGAUGAUUUCAUUUAUGCAUGUGUCUGUUUACAAAUUCUCACGGGAGCAUUCAGGCGAUAUGACUAUAGAAUGAUUGGUCAAGCUCAGUUUUCAUUUGAACAGUUUCUUACAGCAGCAUUUUCAGUUGUUAUAUAAACUUUAAGUUCAGAAGGAUUAGACUUACAUUUUUCUAUAACCACUGACUCUGGAUUUUGUAACUUCCUUACCUACUUUUUUCAAAAAGUGUUAUGUUAGCCUAUGUAAUUUGUGAUUUUGCACCGUUUGUGGAUAUAUAUUAAACUUACUCUGAUUAUAUGCUUUGUUCAUCUUUUUUUUACACUGUACCUUGUAAUCUAAAGUUGCUUUAUUUCAUUCGUAUUGGCAUUUUGUUUUUUGUACUGCAUACCCUGAAAAAAAACCCACCAGAAUAAUAUAAGUACAUUCAGAAUAAUAUACAUCCAUUAUUUACAAUGCACUUUUUUUACUGGUGUCUUUUAAAAAAAAUUCUAAACAGUAUUUAAAGAGUACCCCUAAAUAAAUAUUAUCUUUUUGUUA